AAAACUCCUUAAGGGUAUAAACGAGUCUUUGGUGAAGGGUUUAUAAGAAAAAGUAAAAUAGUGAUAAUGGCUGAGGCAGAAUCAGGAUGUAGCCUCAGGACCUCAAGAUGGUCUCUCAAGGGAGCCAACGCACUUGUAACUGGUGGCACUCGCGGAAUCGGGCGUGCCGUUGUGGAGGAACUAGCUGGUUUUGGUGCGGCGGUUCACACGUGUUCUCGGAAUGGAGCGGAGCUCGCCAAGUGUUUGAAGGAAUGGGAGAGCAAGGGAUUUUCGGUAUCUGGGUCAGUUUGUGAUGCUUCUGUGAAAACCCAAAGGGAGAAAUUGAUACACGAAGUGGCUUCAGUUUUUAAUGGCAAGCUUAAUAUUCUCGUGAACAAUGUGGGAACAAACAUGAGAAAGCCUACUAUUGAGUACACAUCUGAGGAGUAUUCAUUUGUCCUUGGUACUAACCUUGACUCCGUGUACCACCUUUGUCAACUUUCUCAUCCUCUUUUGAAAGCAUCUGGAGUAGGAAAUGUUGUGUUCAUUUCCUCUGUUGCUGGUUUGGUUGAUAUAGGUAGUGGAACUGUAUAUGCGGCAAGCAAAGCGGCAUUAAAUCAGCUAACUAAAAAUCUAGCUUGUGAAUGGGCUAAAGACAACAUUAGAACCAACUGUGUUGCACCUUGGUACACCAAAACCUCGCUUGUAGAGGAUUUGCUUAAAAACAAGGAAUUCUUGGAAGAGGUAACCGAUCGAACUCCUCUACACCGUGUUGCAGAACCUGAGGAGGUCUCCUCACUGGUAGCAUUCCUCUGCUUACCUGCAGCUUCAUACAUCACUGGACAGGUUAUUUCUGUUGAUGGAGGGUUCACUGCAAAUGGAUUUACACCCAAAAAAAGACCUUUUUAACCAAGAAUUAUUCAUGAUAACAUUAACCUUCGUUUCUUAUUUACGUGGCGGCUAUUGUUGUGCCAAUCAUGUCUUCAUCUUAAACUUUAUUAUCAGUUAUACGUUAUCUGUAAUAUUUUCUUCAGUAGUUGUAAGUUUUUUUCUUAAUACAUCUCGGGAAACCGAAGUUUGGUUUGAUCAAGCUUGCAGAAAAAAUAAAUCAAAAAAUAAUAAUUAGAAAGUUUAUUUCAAUGAAA